CUGGCUUCCUGAAUCCUUCUCAGCCCUCAAAGACAGACCAACAGACUGAUAGACAGCUGGCAGGAGGCAGCCUGGGGAGCACAGCUGCUCCAGCAGACCUCAUGGCUGAGUGAGCCUCCCUUGGGCCAGCGCCCCACCCCAGCAUGGUCCAGACCCGUGGGGGGCGCUCCAGAGCACCGCUGCCGAGCUCAUCUUUGGGGGCCACCAUGACCCAACCUCCGCCCACCAAAGCACCAGCCAAGAAGCACGUCCGGCUGCAGGAGAGGCGGGGCUCCAACGUGGCUCUGAUGCUGGACGUGCGCUCCUUGGGCACCGUGGAGCCCAUCUGCUCAGUGAACACACCCCGGGAGGUCACCCUACAGUUUCUGCGCACAGCUGGACACCCCCUUACCUGCUGGGCCCUGCAGCACCAGCCACCCAGCCCCAAGCAACUGGAAGAAGAAUUCUUGAAGAUCCCCUCGAACUUCGUCAACCCUGAAGACCUAGAUAUCCCUGGUCAUGCCUCCAAGGACCGGUACAAAACCAUCUUGCCAAAUCCUCAGAGCCGUGUCUGUCUUGGUCGGGUACAGAGCCAGGAGGACGGGGAUUAUAUCAAUGCCAACUACAUCCGAGGCUACGAUGGACAGGAGAAGGUCUACAUCGCGACCCAGGGCCCCAUGCCCAACACCGUGUCAGACUUCUGGGAGAUGGUGUGGCAAGAAGAAGUGUGCCUUAUUGUCAUGCUCACUCAGCUCCGGGAGGGCAAGGAGAAAUGUGUCCACUACUGGCCCACUAAAGAGGAAACCUAUGGACCCUUCCAGAUACGCAUCCAGGACAUGAAAGAGCGCCCAGAAUACACUGUUCGGCAGCUUGUCAUCCAGCACCAGGAGGAACGCCGGUCAGUGAAGCACAUCCUCUUCUCAGCCUGGCCUGACCACCAGACUCCAGAAUCGGCUGGGCCCCUGCUGCGCCUGGUGGCCGAGGUGGAGGAGAGCCCGGAGACCGCCGCCAACACGGGGCCCAUCGUAGUCCACUGCAGUGCAGGGAUUGGCCGGACAGGCUGCUUCAUCGCCACCCGAAUUGGCUGCCAACAGCUGAAGGCCCGAGGUGAAGUGGAUAUUCUGGGCAUUGUGUGCCAACUGCGACUAGACAGAGGGGGGAUGAUUCAGACUGCAGAGCAAUACCAGUUCCUGCACCACACUUUGGCCCUGUACGCAGCCCAGCUGCCCCAGGAACCCAGCCCCUGACCCCUGCCACCCUCCACCAGCCCAGGUGCCAACCUCCCUUCAGGCCUGGGUCUGGGAAGUGGGCUGUCAGAGCUGGAGUACCCCUGCACAGGAAUGGGAAGGGGUGCCCCAUUAGUGAGCACUUAGGGGCCCAGGACGCUUCAUCAGCAAGAAGGAGAGGCCAGGCUCCAGGUGUCGCCACUGGUCACUCUUCUGCUUCCUCUAGUCGCCCCAGAUGGACAAUAGAGGAGCCUCCAAAUCUCUGACCUUAAAGAUAGGAGCUGGCACAGACUGAGCCAGAAGCCCAAAUAUGUUGUCCUUCUCAAAAAUGCUCUUUGUGAGCUUCAAUUUUCUGAUCUAUGAUAUAGACAUAAAGUGCUUUGCUGUCAUAAGGGGGGCAAUCAGAGAAGUCCCUAGAAGCUGUUCCAGUGGUCUCCCCUCUUCCUGGGGCUGGUAAGAGGGUGAUCCCAAGAUUUUCCUCUGCCCAGGCCCUGCCUAUGCCCUGGCCAGAGAAGAGCUGGGAAAAGUUUGGUUCUGACCUCAGUCAGAUCCUCAGGACCCUGGCACGUGCUCCCUAUCCCACCCUACAUAUCAGUGAGUACUGGAUGACCCCUCGAAGGUGAACAAAGACCCGAAUGAGCCCUGCUUCCAUGCACGCGUCCUGGGAGGAGCCUACGGAGGUGACCAGGCAUGGCAGUUGAAAUCUCGGGAAGAGGGAACAUGUGGGGACCAAUCAGAGGCCAAGAAGUCUGCUCCUGCCUACAUAACUGCCUGCCACUCACCCCAUCCACUUUCUGUGGAGCCCCAACACUCUCUGCUUUGCUCUAUGACCUCAGAAGAUACCCUGGGUGUCCAGGAAGUACCAAAGAAAGAGAAGACAGGCAGAGACAAAGAACUCCAUCUGAUUCUAGGACAUCCAUCCCCACCAUAUCCUCCAUGUCCUGCAUUUGCAGGGUAUGCCUGGAGAGCUUGGCUGUUUCCAGAACAAUCUGGGUUCCAACCACCCUGUGCAGACAGAAGGACUCACACUGAAUUGUGACCCCUUACAUCUACCCCAGAGAACUAAUUCACCUUAUUCAUCUCAGCAUCAACACGACUUCCAGAGCAACCCAGAUCUAUCUCAGGGCUGAACUACAGCACCUUAGGAAGGCACCCAAACCCUGAGCCUUCUUUGACUCUGAGACAGCCUGCCUCUGGGAAUGAUGGGAAUAAAGCACCAUUCCUCCUGGCCCUAGUGACUGACACCUGUUCUCCAUGGAAACCCCAAGGAGCUGGUCCCGGAAAGCAGCUGGGCUCCCGCUUCACGACGUCUCUUUUAAAGGACAUGCAGUGCUGCUGUUGAGGUUCAUUUUCUUCACGCUUCUGCUUGGCCUUAUGGAGAAGUCCUUCCAUGCUUUAUAGGCCUAGGUUGGGCACACCUGCACCUCCACCUUCUGGAGCCCUGUGGGAGGCGCUACCAUCUGUGCCACCCAAGCUAGGUGGAGGGCUCUUAAGUGCCUGAUCCUGCCCUGAGCUCAGACCCAGUCUGGAGAAAAGCAAUGGCAUAGCCCCAUGGGUACCCUCCUGCACUGUGAUUCCAACCUUGCUCCAGAGCUCAGAGGGUACCAGCUCUGGAGAAGUAACCAAGAGGAAAAAAUAAAGACU